AUGACCCUGCUCGCACCAUCGGAGUGGGAUCCUGGGAUCGAAUUCGACUUGGUACGGAUUCUUCACGGAGAGCAAUACAUUGAGGUGUAUGAGCCACUGCCUUCGGAAGCAAGAUUGCGCUCAGAGGCUCGCGUUGUGGACAUCCUUGACAAAGGUUCCGGAGCACUGAUUUUGACAGAAGGCACCGCAUAUGACGACAGUACCGGCAAAAAGCUGGCGAUGCAGCAAGUGUGUGUUUUCCAAGUUGGCUCGGGUAAAUUUGGUGGUCCACGGAAUAGCCCUCAUGAAAAAGCUGCGGCAGAAAUACCAUCUCGAGAGCCGGACGCAGUCUUUGAAGAAAAGACUUUUGUCGAUCAGAUGUCUGGCUUCAAAGAGCCAAUCCUACAUGGUCUUUGUUCAAUGGGCUUCGCUGCUCGCCAUGUGAUUAGCGGCUGGGCAGAAAAUGACGCCAGUAGGUUCAAAGCGCUCAAGGCACGGUUUUCAUCACCGGUCAUACCUGGACAGACCUUGCGGACAGAAACGUGGAGAGAUGGGAGACCGGAUUAUUUUCCAAACAAAGGUACACAGAGAUCAGGCAAAGUGCGUGGAUAUCGAAUGCGGGGAUGGAUGACUGAUGACCGAGCUUACAAACACGCCCUGCUGUAG